AUGGAGCUGGAAUAUGAGCUGCCCAAUGCCACCGCGUUCUGGUUCUCCCCAGCUUCCCCCUUUGACAACUUCUCCAUGGAGGCACCCACCAAUGUGUCGCAGAACGCCACAGGCCAGCACUUUGACCUGACCAGCAACGCCAUCCUCACCUGCAUCUACUUCGUGGUCUGCAUCAUAGGGCUGUGUGGCAACACGCUGGUGAUAUACGUCAUCCUUCGGUAUGCCAAGAUGAAGACCAUCACCAACAUCUACAUCCUCAACCUGGCCAUCGCAGACGAGCUGUUCAUGCUCGGUCUGCCCUUCCUGGCCAUGCAGGUCGCCCUGGUGCACUGGCCCUUUGGUAAAGCCAUCUGCAGAAUUGUCAUGACGGUGGAUGGCAUCAACCAGUUCACCAGUAUCUUCUGCUUGACGGUUAUGAGCGUUGACCGGUACUUGGCUGUCGUCCAUCCCAUCAAAUCUGCCAAGUGGAGGCGGCCCAGGACAGCCAAAAUGAUCAAUAUGGCCGUUUGGGGCGUCUCCCUGUUGGUGAUCAUGCCCAUCAUGAUUUAUGCUGGGGUGCAGCAUAAUCAUGGCAGGAGUAGCUGCACCAUCAUCUGGCCGGGAGAGUCAGGUGCCUGGUACACGGGCUUCAUCAUCUACACCUUCAUCCUGGGCUUUCUGGUGCCUCUCACCAUUAUUUGCCUUUGCUACUUGUUCAUCAUUAUCAAAGUCAAGUCCUCGGGCAUCAGAGUGGGCUCCUCCAAGAGGAAGAAGUCCGAGAAGAAAGUCACCAGGAUGGUCUCCAUUGUGGUCGCUGUCUUCAUCUUCUGCUGGCUCCCCUUCUACAUCUUUAAUGUCUCCUCAGUCUCCGUCCUGAUCGUGCCCACGCCUGUCCUCAAGGGCAUGUUCGACUUUGUCGUGGUCCUCAGUUACGCCAACAGCUGUGCCAACCCCAUCCUUUACGCCUUCUUGUCCGACAACUUCAAGAAGAGCUUUCAGAACGUCCUCUGCCUUGUGAAGGUCAGUGGCAUGGAUGAGGCGGACCGGAGCGACAGCAAGCAGGACAAAUCCAGGCUUAAUGAGACCACAGAAACCCAAAGGACCCUGCUCAAUGGUGACCUGCAGACAAGCAUCUGAGAGGAAAGCGGGGUUGUUCUUCCUUCGCUCUCCUCUCCCCACUUGCUCCCAGCUGCAGCAGGGUGGUGGCACGUACAGAGUCAGGGCAGGAGAGCCAGCUCACGGGAUGGCGGUGCACAGACCGAUGAGCGGCCGGGGUCCUCAGCUGGGCUCCUCCUGAGCUGCUGGAGGGUUGGCUUUCAAGCUCUAGGAAGGAUACGGAGGAGCUGCCUCGCCAGGAAAACAAAGACAACUCAUAGCAAUGCAGUGCAUUUCAACACCAAAGUGCCACCGUGGGCCACAGGUAUUGCCGGGGCGGCUCCGCUGGCUUCCACAGUGUUACCCUUGGGGCUGGUUGUCUCUGGGUGCUCUGCCUCAGAAUGGGUGC